CCGGAAGUACUCGUGUUUUUGUACCAGAAAAGUACCUUGACACAGGUAGUAAAUGAUUAAGUUUGCCUAUCUUGCGAGUGAGUCAGUGGGGGAAAAGUCCAUCUUUCCGGAGCCAGUCUGCUACUACGCCACAUCAUCUAAAACAUGACCUGAUUUAACGAUGAAGACGUGUUGUUGCCAGAAGCACGAGUUCGCGGUGGCCAUGACGUGUGAAGGAUGCUCGGGAGCUGUCAGCAGAGUCCUCAGCAAGCUGGCAGACGUGAAGUUUGAGAUCGACCUUCCCAAACAGCUGGUUUGGAUCGAGUCGGACAAAGACGUGGACGUUCUCAUGGACACCUUGAAGAAGUGCGGCAAGGAGGUCAAGUACAACGGCACCAAAUGAUCGGGCCCCAGGACUCGGACACUUGCGGUGCAAAAGGAAGAAGAAGUCAUAGACGUCAUGAGGUUGGCUGAAGCGGCACUUUAGCAAUCCUUCAUGAUUAUGGCAUCUUCUGCAGAGCAACGCCAGGAAGACAUUUCACGUCACCUGUAGAAGCAUUUGUCCUUCCUUAAACACUAUGUGGUCCCUCUUUCUUCUUAAACACUAUGUGGUCCCUCUUUCUUCUUAAACACUAUGUGGUCCCUCUUUCUUCUCAAACACUAUGUGGUGCCUCUUUCUUCUCAAACACUAUGUGGUGCCUCCUCUCCUCCAUGGCGAGGAGUGGUGAUGUUUAAUGACGUCUUGGAGAAGCCAUUCCUCCUCUUGAAUCUCCUCACACUAACAUUCUUCUGCUCUGCUCUUAGAGGCUGUUUGUAGUCGCACUCAAAUAAAGUCUGCCUCAACUUGGA